AUGAAAGCUAAGGUCUCCUAAAUUUCUCCUGAUAAAUUGUAUGCUUCUCUCCUCAAAAGGAAAAGUGAGCAAGAGCAACAAGCUCGUCUAAAAUCGCCAAUUGUCAAUACCAACAAAUACCUAGUGCCAAGCAAUAGGAACGGAGGUGGCAAUUCUAAAAUAGAAGCUAAAAAGACAAGGCCUGCAAGUGGCAAGGAUUUAAAAGACAUAAGCAGUGUAUUGCUCAAAAAAACUCAUGCACGUUAGAACAGCAAAUUAAUCGAAACCAAAGAAAAUACACAAAACCUAUCAGCUAAUGCCUUGUCCAUCUUGUUAAAAAUCAAAUGA